AUGUCCUGGCUACAGCAAACACCCGGCGCCGGCGCACGCGUCGCGUCUCCAACGGUCUUCGAGCAGCAGCGCGAGGAACUCGUCCGCGAGAUUGCAGUGGGCAUGGAGCAAGUUCUCCAAAAUAUCAAUCGGCUGAACCGGAAUCUGGAGAGUGUUAUCGCGGUGGGCAAUGAAUUCGGAUCUGUGGAGGCUCUCUGGUCCCAAUUUGAGAACUUCAUGGGUCGAGCUGAGGAGGAAGCUGAGGAGGGUGGGAAUGCGAAGAGGAAGGCGAGUGAGGAGAGUGAUGUGCCGAUCAAAAAAGAACCGCAGGAGGGUGAUUCGACGGUCAUGCAGUGA